CAUGCAAUACUACAACAACUCAGUCUGUCCAUAGAUAUCUAUGGUCUGUCCAAGUAGCUAGCUAAGACAAAGUGGAUUCAGUAUCUCAAUUGUGGAUGCUCACUAAAACUUCUUUAGACUAAAGUUUAGUGAUAGCAACUAUACAAAAUCUUAGCAGUACAUUGUACAGACAAUAGAACUUAUCUACAACUAAUUGUUCUAUUAUAUACAAUGUCAAUAUCGAAUUCUUCACUGUUUGAAACAAUGGCUCCCAUGAUGAGCAACAAUGACUCUCCCCCCACUGAUGACUCUUCUCCAAUUUCUGUGAUCAUCGUCUCGGCCAUUGUCGGAGGUCUAGCUCUGAUUAUUCUCAUUUUAUCUUCUAUAGUAGUUCUCUGCUUUAUAAGUCAAAGAAGCAAAGACGAAAAAAAAAGAUCAGCCCGAAUUGAGAAUGGACAACCAGUUAGCAGGCCCACUGUUCAAGCAAAACCACUUUACGCUCAAAUCUUUAGAAGCUCAACUGUGAGAAAUUCGACCAAGGAACCAAAGACAAGAAAGAACUCUGUCAAAGUAACUAUUGUGGAGGCCCCAAAACCAUCCCCUGUCAAAGACGAACGUAACCAUCCACAACCAGCAGAGAUAUCGGCAUUUGCAAUAGACGUUCCCAAAACAUUUCGACCAUUUGCACCUCCGCCAAGAAUUACACCAUUCUCUCGAAGAGAUGAGGAAACACAAAUUUACGAUAUACCAAUUGCUGCACAACACGAUUUCCUGGAUUCAAUCGAUGGUGAUGAGAAUAGAUUCACUCAAAGCUUGCAAAUCCACUCAAACCCCGGCAACACCAACCAAUACAAAAUAGAAAACAGGCACUACUCACAGAGAAGCUCGUAUAAAGAACCACGUAUCACUGCUUCAAUCCGAGAAGAACGUCUAACCUCCUCUCUCAGCGCCCAUCAAUUUCUUGGGAAGAAUCGGUCCGUGAGCUAUCAGAAUGACUAUCAACAACCACGAUCAGUUACCCUACCCAGAGGGGGGAAACAAGAGGACAGUCUGAUCUACAGUGAGAGUUUGACCCCUUCGAUGUUCAACCGUUCUGGAAGCGUUAAAAGCCGAGUGCAGGCUCUCCCAUACCCACCUAUAUACGACAGGCCGAAACCUAUUAUGCAAAAUGACCGACCCACUGAUGUAACGAGGAGAAAUAUUGUUGAGAUUCAAGACCUCGGAAUGGGACGGUUUGGGCGAGUUGUUCUGGCAGCAACUACCGGACUGAGCCUACAGGAUCUAAAGCUUGGACAGAACAACGACAAAUGCAGGAGUCUACUAGUGGCUAUUAAACAGUUAAGGGAGGAUGCUGACGUGCAACUAAGAGAAGAUUUUCAGAACGAGAUCAAAUUCAUGUCUAAAUUGAAGCAUGCGAAUGUGGCACGGUUGCUAGGAGUUUGUGCUUGUGAUAAGAGUUUCUUAAUGAUGGAGUAUAUGGAGAAAGGAGAUUUGCACGAGUUUUUACAGAAGCAGACGUUGGUAUCUGAUUCUAUUGAUGCUUUGGGUGAAGAAGAAGUUACCCCACUUGUUCUGUUGUACAUGGGGGUGCAGAUGGCCAGUGGAAUGCGUUAUCUUGCCAAGAACAAAUUUGUACAUCGUGAUUUGGCCACUCGAAACUGUCUUGUUGGAAGAGAUUUCAUUGUAAAGAUCUCCGAUUUUGGUAUGAGUCGAAACUUGUAUGAUACAUCAUACUACCUUGUUCAAGGGAGGAUCAUCCUUCCGAUUCGAUGGAUGGCCUAUGAAUCAUUUUAUGGCAAGUUCUCCACGAGAUCUGACGCUUGGUCCUUUGCCAUCACAUUGUGGGAGCUGUUCACAAUGGCUAAACUAGAUCCUUACUACGAGCUUUCCGACGAAGAUUACAUAUCUGAUACAAUGAAAGGGGCUGGAAGAAAGGUUUUACAAAAGCCGGAUAUUUGUCCUAGAGAUGUGUACGAUGUAAUGAUGCGUUGCUGGAUUCACGAGCCAAAUAUGAGGGCUGAUUUUGAAGAGAUAUAUUCUCGACUUUUCUUAACCUACACUACACUCAGCAAGCAGAACUAACUAUAUUAUAUGAACAACAAGUCAUAUGAGAGAUCACACAGAAAUAGGAUUCUCUUUCAAAGCAAUAAUAUAUACAGUUACACAUUCACACAGUAAUAUGUCAUUGUUAACAUACCUUGCAUUCACUUUUGUUUACUAUUCAUCUUGGCAACUCCAGCUUGUAUUUUGUAUUUUUUCCCGGCAUUUUAAGAUUCAAUUAGACAAAUGCCAAA